AUGACAGUGGUGGAAAACUUUGUAGCUGGUGAAGCGAAACAAGAUGAACCAACUGUGUCUUGGCAUAAACUUGCUGCUCCAGGUGGCGCAGUCGUGGAUACUAAAACAGUUCCCCUCAAGAAGGUCUGGAGGGUUCAUGUGGACUUGAUGUCCCUCGAGAUGAAUCAGGAUGGCAUUUUACUACUGCGGCUCAGGGAGAAAGGGAAGGACCGUGCCAGUGCUGUCUAUUCGCCCAUUGAGGGCAGAACAGUUUGGCGGCAAGAUCACAGGCACCAUGACCCAAAGUAUGGUGUUCCAGGCGGGCUCACCCCGCUCUUAAUAGGGAGGUCUGUACUGCAUUGCGCGAGACGAGGCUCAAACCGUGACACUUUUGAUCUUGUUGGCAUCGACUUCCGAGCCUCCAAACCUACUGUUAUUUACGAGUCAUCCGCCGUCGGGCCAAGAAACUGGGCCCAUAACAGAACCUGCAGAAGACUUUUACGCAUAGGUAAACAGCAUGAGCUUGUGAUGCUAAGUGAUAAUGAGAAUUGGGUGGGAACGGGGAGGAUUUCGAUUCUUAAUGGUGAAAAUGGCCAGCUCCUCUUCCAGUUCGACGGCGGGCCAGCCCGUUUCUUUGAUCGUAACAUACUGGUGCAUCGGACUAUCAACCAGUUUUCGAUCCAAUCAGUGCCAGCACGCGUCCGGCUGGGCGAUGCUGUACAGCCCUGGGAAGCCCAUGCCAAAUCAGUGCGGGACUUUAUUAUCAUGCAGACGUUUUCCUUUGCCUUUUCUGGGUCUGACAGCAGCCUCGUCAAUGUAGUCAGAUUGGGUACAGAUGUGAUUCUCAGCCCAUGCAAUGAUUACGCGAUCGCCAUUCAGCCCUUUGCGAAAGUAGCUGUCGCGCUACAGUCCGACGGCAACACUCUUCUGAGCGAGCGGAUUCUGAGCUACCCACUUGUCGAAACAAAGGAAAGCCAUCUCAUUCAGAUGGCAGAGGCAGUGCUGAAAGCAUCGUGUCCUCCGGAUUCAGCACCCCCGAACUUGCGUCACUGUUUCAUUCUCCAGCAACCGGGGACCAAAAUCAGUCUCGGACCAUCAUUAAGCCAACCAGGACCGCUGGCCCCUGCGCCAGAUAUUCCACUGCGUUCCGUCAGGGGUUUUGUUGAUGGUGGACGCCUUUUGUUGGAAGCUUCUGAGGCCCAAGUUUUGCUGGAGUUCUAG